AUGGGCAGAAAAGCUAUAAACGAGAUCAAAUCUGUAGCUAUAAUCGGUGCAGGGGCUGCAGGUCUGACUUCGCUUUUCGAACUUCUCAACACUCGUAAGGACGGGACAACUUGUUUGAGAUACAGCGCCGAGGGAAACUUUGAUGAAGCAAACACAAAAGAUAACACAAAUCCUGCGUUUCAAAAAAUAGUGGUUUUCGAGUCAAAAACCUCAAUUGGCGGAAUAUGGUCUCCCGAUUUCGAUACACCUGAUUUAAUUGAUGAAAAGGACCUGAUUUCUGAACGCUACAACAAUCCAUUCGUUUUGAGGCCCCCAACUGAAGCACCUCCCGAGCUUUCGGACGACCAGUACACUUUUUCGAAGCCAUUUAUCACAACGGGCUCAGGUAGACCGAGUCCUAAAACUUGGACUGCAAGUGGUAUCUAUCCGCACCUGUACUCCAAUGUUCCAGAAAGAUAUCUUCGCAACUCUUUUAUUCCUUACAGUGCAAGGCAGGCGCGACAAAAUUCAAGAAUUGCACCAUUGGUGACCAAUCACUCCAUCACUGACAAUCUUCUAGUGUUUGCCGAGCGACAUCAGCUUGCAAAAUUUGUUAGAGUGAAAUCCGAAGUAGUCAAGGUCAAGAAAAUCGACGAUAGAUCAUGGAGAUUGACUGUGAAAGAGACUGUUGAGGGUAGCGACUCGAUCCGCUGGUACAAUGAGGACUUUGACGCAGUUCUGGUUAGUAACGGCCAUUACUCUAUUCCUUACAUUCCUCAAAUUGAUGGUCUCUCAAAGUGGGCAGCUCAAUACCCAGGCUCGGUGCUACAUUCCAAGAGCUUCAGAGAUUUUAAAAAAUUCCAAGAUAAGAAAUGCGUUUUCGUCGGAACAGGGUUAAGUGGUAUCGAUAUUCUACAGUAUGUUUUCCCUGUAGCGAAUGAAGUGAUAGUCUCUAGGACACCCGAUAAGGACGAAAUUUAUCCAUGGCUGACCAAGGCUGCCACCUCUCAGGGUCUCACAAAGAAGCCUAGAAUCAAAGAGUUUCAUUCAGUUGAUAACCGCACGAUAAUUUUUCAAGAUGGCUCUAUGGUUCAGGAUGUCGAUUAUAUCAUCUUUUCGACAGGAUAUCAUUGGCAUUACCCAUUUUUAAAUGAUAAGGAUUCAAACUUGAGCAUUAUCAAAUCAGGUCAGAAGCUUCUCAAGGAUUCCGCAUCAAUGGUGGACGGUCUUUUUUUGGACACGUUUAACAUCGAUGACCCAAGUCUUGCAUUUGUGGGUGUCACUGUCACACCCUUGAAAUGGCCAAGUUUUGAACUGACUGCUUCAGCUAUAGCCGGUGUUUGGUCGAACUCCUACAACCUUCCACCCAAAGCUGAACAACUGAGUGCCAAUCGCCAGAGAAAAGAAAAAACCGGCGAGAACCUAUUAUUCCAUUAUUUUCCUCCAGAAAACAUAAAUGAGCUAAAAGCAAGGCUCGAGCCUUUCCUGCCCAAAGGUAGAAAAUCAAAAGACAUUAUAGAUGUAGAGCAUUUGUCGGACUUUGGAAGGGCGGCAGAAGUUGCCGAGCGUUUGUUCUACCAAAUUAAAAAUGAGAAGAUAGAGCUGGGCGAGACCUUGUAA